AUGUCCAGAAAGCAAAUAAACGACGCAACAACUCCCACAUCCAAGCCAACCAGGAAAGCAUCUCUCCAUCUCGUUCAAUACAGCAGAAAUCGCAUCGGCGCUCGAUCUACGGACCCACGCUUUGGGAUGUGGGCUUUCGUUCUCCGAGACCAAAGCUCUCCCAGAGCCAUAAUCUUCUCCCCGGAGGCCUCUGCAUACACAGAACUCGGCGACAUCGGCGGUCCUUCAAAGUACAAAUUCAGAAUGGUAGAGACCAACACCACAUUAGCCAAAACCACAAUCUUCGACGAAAGGGGUGAUUUCGAGAGGGAGAUCAUCGACCCGUCGACUUUGGCCGUCGCUUUCCACCUUUGCCCUGUCCGCUCAAUUCGUCUCAUGGAGUUUGAAGCAGACGAGCGCCUGCUUCUCCUGGUCUAUUCGGUUUUGGAGAUCACUUUCGUGGCCUCGAUACACGUCAUUACCGAGCCGGAUUGGGCCGUCAGCCAACGAUGGGUUGUUUUGGCACUCCUUGAGCUGGCUGCAGAAGGAUUUAAAGUUCCCGUGGCAGAGCGAGAUGAAAUUACCACGGUUUUCAGAAGAACGAAAGAAUGUGUUGAUCUUGAUUUCCUGUAA